GAGAUAAGCACGAUAGCGGCGAUCCAAAAGGGAGGAGGGGGCGCCUCGUCACGCACCUGCGCAGAUUAGGGUUCCGCCCUCAAGAAAAAAAAGGGAGGAAAGGAUUUUCAAUUUUCUCCUUCCCCUGCUUCUCCUAACAAAAAUUCAACGGUAACCUCCUCCUCCUCCGUUUGAUGUUUUACUUCUUGCGGGGAUUCUACCUGUUAGCGAAUUGCGUUCAAGAAAGAUGGUGGGGAUGGCAAAUUUCUGGGAAUCUACUUGUGGCGAAUUACGUUCACGAUUUGGGUUGUAGUGAGGUGGGCAAUCGUGGGUCGUGUGAAAACUGGGUGUAAUGCGGAUGGAUGUGGAAAGUUCGCAUUUUGGUUUUUCUUUUGGUUCAAGAUUGGAAAAUGAUGGGGCAAUGGGAUUUCCAGUUUGGUUUCUUUUGAUCUGGUGUUGAGGAGUGGGGGGUUGGUUUUAUGAAGAAGCAUAAGGGACUGGGUUGUGCACUGUGAUGUCUCUAUGUGUUUUUGGGCAUUGAAAUUCUGCAAAGGGCUUGUUCCAUUUGAUUUGGGUGAAAGCAGUCUUGGGUUUAUAGAUUAUGCCUUAGAACGAUACUGAUGUGCCACUGACCAGUGGCUGUUUCUCUUUACGGGGGUAUUUGUUGCCCGUCAUCGGAGUUGGUCGGCCCUUGUUCUCCUGAAAUGAAUGAUGUGAUUGGGCCUGGAUCUGAUCCUUGGAUUUACAUUUUGAUUGGAAGAGAGAGGAGUAGAAUGUCCAUAGGGAGUGGGCAGAUGUUAGUGGUUUAUGAUGACCCGUCCGACCAACAUUCUUUCUCUCUAGAUGACAACAGCAGUGCCGAGGAGUCUCUUGAUGAAACGAGGCUCUCCCUGGAAAGCACUAAUGAGACUGUUCCGUACAUCGGGCAGAGAUUCGAUACCCAUGAUGCUGCCUAUGAGUUUUACAGUGAAUUUGCUAAACAGUGUGGGUUUUCGAUCCGCCGUCACCGUACCGAAGGAAAAGAGGGAGUCGGUAAGGGGCUUACAAGGCGUUACUUUGUUUGCCACCGUGCUGGAAACACACCCGUCAAAAUGACUAACGAAAGUAAAACUCAAAGAAACAGAAAAUCCUCUCGGUGUGGAUGCCAGGCGUAUAUGCGGAUAAGCAAGACGACAGAUUUAGGAGCUCCCGAAUGGCGCGUCACUGGUUUUAUAAACCAUCAUAAUCACGAACUACUGGAACCAAACCAAGUUCGUUUCUUACCUGCUUACCGAACAAUAUCUGACACGGACAAGAGCAGGAUUCUAAUGUUUGCCAAGACAGGUAUCUCAGUCCAGCAGAUGAUGCGGCUGAUGGAACUCGAGAAGUGUGUGGAACCGGGAUACUUGCCUUUCACUGAGAAGGAUGUUAGGAACUUACUCCAAUCAUUCCGGAAAAUAGACCCUGAAGAUGAAAGUACAGAUCUAUUAAGAAUGUGCAGAAAUAUAAAGGAAAAGGACCCUAAUUUCAGGUUCGAGUACACACUUGAUUCAAACGACAGAUUGGAAAAUAUUGCGUGGUCAUAUGCAUCAUCUAUACAAUCAUAUGAGAUCUUUGGCGAUGCUGUCGUGUUUGACACGACACACCGGCUGAGUGCAUUUGAUAUGCCACUUGGUUUGUGGGUUGGGAUCAACAAUUAUGGAAUGCCCUGUUUCUUUGGUUGUGUACUUAUGAGGGAGGAGAAUUUGAGGUCUUAUUCGUGGGCAUUAAAGGUCUUCUUGGGGUUUAUGAAUGGAAAACCACCCCAAACAAUUCUUACCGACCAGAAUAUGUGCCUGAAAGAGGCAAUAUCUAUGGAAAUGCAAACAACUAAGCAUGCACUUUGCAUCUGGAUGAUUGUGGCAAAGUUCCCCUCUUGGUUCAAUGCUGUUCUGGGAGAGCGUUAUAACGAGUGGAAAUCCGAGUUUUAUCGACUCUAUAAUACGGAAUCAAUAGAGGAAUUUGAAAUAGGGUGGAAGGAAAUGCAAAAUUUUCUUGGACUGCACUCAAACAGGCACAUUAUUAAUCUGUUUGCCCUGAGGGCAUAUUGGGCAUUACCAUACUUGAGAAAUUACUUUUUUGCUGGAAUGACUUCCCCUGGCCAGUCAAAGUCCAUCAAUUCCUUUAUCCAACGUUUUCUGAGCGCACAAACCCGUCUUGCACAUUUUGUUGAGCAGGUGGCCGUCGCUGUCGAUUUCAAAGAUCAAGCGGGAGAGCAGCAAACAAUGCAACAAAAUCUCCAAAACAUCUCCUUAAAAACGGGAGCACCCAUGGAAUCCCAUGCCGCAACAGUCCUCACUCCAUUUGCUUUCUCUAAGCUCCAAGAGCAACUUGUCUUGGCAGCCCACUACGCGUCCUUCCAAAUGGAAGAUGGCUUUCUUGUGAGGCACCACACAAAACUUGAGGGAGGGCGGAAGGUUUACUGGAUCCCUCGGGAGGGCAUCAUAAGUUGCAGUUGCCAUCUAUUCGAGUUUUCUGGAAUUCUGUGCCGGCAUUCGCUUCGAGUCCUCUCCACUGGGAAUUGUUUCCAAAUACCUGACAAGUAUCUCCCCCUCCGGUGGCGGAAGAUCAGCACAUCUUCAUCAAAGCUCCCUCAUAAUACUCCGAGCGAUCACGCGGAAAGAUUACAGUUUCUGCAGAGCAUGGUAUCGAAUCUCAUGUCGGAGUGCAAGUCCAAGGAGAGGCUAGAACUUGCGACUGAGCAAGUUUCCAUCCUCUUGUCGCGUAUCAGAGAGCAGCCGGUGUCUUCGCUGGUUCUAAGAGACGCUGCUUCCAUUCACAGGAACUUUUGACAAUGCUAUCUUGAUUAAUCCGACGGGAGGCAUAUCCUUCAUGCCGUUCCUGGGCUGGAUGAAUGCGUGAUGCCGAGCAGAUUGCGGAAGUUGGAGUUGAAUCCGGGAUCAGGGUUCGAGCAUAUUGAAGUGAAAUUCUGUAAGGCUGAUGAGCGAGUACAGAAAAUGUGUUUCUAUCUCAGAUGGCACCAAGAAUCCAGCUUUUACCCGGGAAAGGGCUUGCAUUUGCCAGGAAAGAGUUCAUGAGAAUAGUGAUGAUGUAGAGGGAAAUGCUUCUUUAGAUUCUCUAAUUGAAAGGGCCAUAAUUUCCUUCGAUGAUGCAAUCGAUCGGUGAUGAUAUAUACUUGGCCAUCGCUUACAUUUGACAUUAACUUAUCUCGUGAUAUUCAAGAGAAGUUACAUUUAUUUCA